CCCCGCGUCGCGGUCGCGUGGAACCUGGCGUCAGCGGAGCCGCGGGGCAGUGCAGCCGGACAGUGAGGCGGUGAGUUGGUUCGCAAAGCUGUUGAGGAUGGCACUGAUCGGUGCCGAUAACGGUCCAGGCUGGAGGGCGGAGCUGUCUGGCCUUUAGCCCUUCAUCCUUGGUUAAGGAGAUGACCAACCAGUACAGUAUUCUCUUCAAACAAGAGCAAGCCCAUGAUGAUGCCAUCUGGUCAGUUGCUUGGGGGUCAAACAAGAAAGAAAACUCUGAGACAGUGGUCACGGGAUCCCUGGAUGACUUGGUGAAGGUCUGGAAAUGGCGUGAUGAGAAGCUGGACCUACAGUGGAGUCUGGAGGGCCAUCAGCUGGGUGUGGUGUCUGUGGACAUCAGCCACACCCUGCCCAUUGCUGCAUCCAGUUCUCUUGAUGCUCAUAUUCGUCUCUGGGACUUGGAAAACGGCAAACAGAUAAAGUCUAUAGAUGCAGGACCUGUGGAUGCCUGGACUUUGGCCUUUUCUCCUGAUUCUCAGUAUCUGGCCACAGGAACUCACGUGGGAAAAGUGAACAUUUUUGGUGUGGAAAGUGGGAAAAAGGAGUAUUCUUUGGACACAAGAGGAAAAUUCAUUCUUAGUAUUGCAUAUAGUCCUGAUGGGAAAUACCUGGCCAGUGGAGCCAUAGAUGGAAUCAUCAAUAUUUUUGAUAUUGCAACUGGAAAACUUCUGCAUACGCUGGAAGGCCAUGCUAUGCCCAUUCGCUCUUUGACUUUUUCCCCGGAUUCACAGCUCCUUGUCACUGCUUCAGAUGAUGGCUACAUCAAGAUAUAUGAUGUACAACAUGCCAACUUGGCUGGCACAUUGAGUGGCCACGCAUCCUGGGUGCUGAACGUUGCAUUUUGUCCUGAUGACACACACUUUGUUUCCAGUUCAUCUGACAAAAGUGUUAAAGUUUGGGAUGCUGGAACGAGGACUUGUGUUCACACCUUCUUUGAUCACCAGGAUCAGGUCUGGGGAGUAAAAUACAAUGGAAAUGGCUCAAAAAUUGUGUCUGUUGGAGAUGACCAGGAAAUUCACAUCUAUGAUUGUCCCAUUUAAACAUCAACAUCUUCCAGGCUAAUGCUGCAGAGAGAAUGUAUAGAUUGAUCAUGACAUUCCUUACCUUUCUAGCUUGUUAAUAUAGCAUUUAUUAAAAGGUUUAUCAAAAACUUAAAUUUUGUAGAUACAUGUAAAUCUUUUCAUGUUUUAUUGGAAAUGCCAUUCAUACUUUAACAUAAAGUAUUCUUAAUGCAAA